CCCCGGUUACCCCUGGCUUUUCUCGGGUGAACCCUCUUCGACGACGACGACGACGACAUUUCAUCGAUCAUCGAUCAUCAAUCCUCCCAAUCCAUCAACAAUCGUCAGUGAAUCCAACGACAACGACGAUAUACACAAGUGUCGAUCGCCUCUCAUCAUGGUAUAAUAGCGACACAGACAUCGAAACCAGCUAGCCGUGACACUUACCCUCCUGGUCACGAACCGCGUCAGCCGUCUCUGGAUCACGGUCGGGCAUCAUGACGCUUGUCUCUACGAAAACACGAGCCAAACGACGACGAUUCGAAUCUCGAACAUCGUCCGGAAUCGCUCCGGCAAACAAGAGGCAGAACCCUGUCGAGGUCAACACUUCCAAGAUCGGGUGGCAAUUUCCUGCACCGACGUCGACCACGGGGAUCAGGAGGGACGAUGGGGACGGGUCGGGCAAAUCACGUACACCCCCGAGCUUGUACUUGAUCAUCUUCCUUACCCUCUUAUGCGUUCUCGUCUGCUCCUCGUCUUUUAUCAUCAUCAGAGGAUGGCUUCAACGUCGUCGGAUCCGUGUCGAGAUCCAACAAGCCGUCGACCGGGGCGAGAUCACCGCGAGGCGUGGGGAACAGCUCAACGUCCGUUUGGAUACGAUGACGUGGAGUAUGGGUCGGUGGUCGGCCUCUUGGUUGACGCUGUUGAGUGACGAUCUGGCGGAGAGGUCCAACCCGAUGUACGGGAGGACGGGAGGGAGGAGGAGGAGAAAGGCGAGGGAUUUAGGACCGGUACCGAAGCUGUACGAGUUUGAGAUGAAGGAAGAGAAGGAGAAUCGGGAUGGGAGAGCGUCGGUAUACUCGAACGAGCUACCGGCCUAUCAGCCAUUCUCGGUGUUUCACCCGACCUCGACACCGAUUGUCCCUUUACCUUCUACCACGAUCGAUAACGAACCCCGUCGUUUGGUCAAUUACAACAUCAACGUCCCUCGUAACGUCCGUACAGCGGAGCGAUACACCCGCCAUCCUGCCGCUCGACAGCAAUGGCAGAACACCUUGUUCAGCUCGUCCGACAACACCUCGCCUCCACCCGACUUUCGAAUAUCGAUGGGGUAUCCGUCGCCCGUACCACCACCAUCGACAGAUACCGAUCCUCCGAACAGUCCGGGUCCGACUGGGGAUACCACAGCCGACGAGCUGGAGAAAUGCCGAGGCAACCUCUGGAUCGAACGCGUCACGCACUCAAAGGACGAUAGCGCUCUACCCGUGGAAGCGAGUUUUCUCAUCAAGAUGCCCGAAUCCGAAGCUACGGCUCGAUAUAGGCGUCGGAUCAGACAGGAGGAAGGCGAAGAGAUGUUGCAUCCUCCGACGGAGAUUGCGAUUUGGAAAGGUAUCUUGCAGAGAUGAAGCAGGCAGAGACAGACUCAGAGGGAGAGGGAGAUCUUACGCGCAUAUAAUCAACUUGUCGUUCUAGGCACAGAAUGUUUCUCCGGGGUCGUAUCAUCGACGGAUUGGCUGCUUUGUACACGACCGAAGGAGUCGAAUAUCGAGUAUACGAGU